AUGCAGCAUGAAAAGCUCUACAAUCUAAAGUUUAUUUUAAUUGUAUACUUUUUGUUUACAAAAAAAGCAAAAUUCUGUACGACCAAUUUUCGCCAUUGUGAAAAAAAUCAUUGUUUUUGCACGAACGAGAAUUCCUUUUUCUUAUUUUAUCUUUUUAUCAUCUAAUAUAUUUUCUUUAAAAAGUCAAAAUAUAGCAUAAGAUGCAGCGUAAAUAGUUCUAUAAUUUACAAAGAACAGUUUAUUUUAUUUGUGUCAUUUUUAAGUUCAAAAUAACUCCAAAUUCCGUGCGAUCGGUUUUCGCAACGGCGAAAAUCCGUCACACAGGGUUUUGCUUUUUUCUGAAAACAAAAAGAAUACAAUUAAAAUACACUUUAGUUUGUAGAUUGUAGAGCUUUUCAUGCUGCAUCUCAUGGUAUAUUUUGCUUUUUUAAUAAAACGUAUUUAGAGAUUACAAUAUGAAAUACAACGUGCAGCCGUUUAUUAUUGGUGACAUAUUUACAUUUUACAGCUGCUUAUAUGUCUUUAGUUUUCGUCUUUUUUUGCAAAUAUAUCUAAGACAGUUUUUAGGCCUAGUCAUAUAUGAUUUUGUAGAGAAUUUCAAUCGCUAUCUUUUGAUAAUAAAAAGAGUUUUAAAUACAGGGAUAGUAGAGGAGAAAUCUUAAAAAUACUGAGAGGUCCAUUUUUCCUGGGACACCCGUUAGUUCACCCAAGUGAAUUUUGAUAAGAAUACGCCUCUUAAAUAUGAACAUUUCCUUAUUCUGAGCAGUGGGCACUUAUUUCUGAUCCUAUGAGCAAUAACAACUUCUCUAAUGUGAACAGCAUAUGUUCUAUCACUUACGUACUGAACGAGAAAAAAAUUAUGUUAUGUAUAUUGUGUUAUGAUAAACGAUCAUGCGACACAUAGCAAAAGAGAAUGGACUAAACGCGGAUAUUUAAAGAAGAAAACCAAUAUUAGACAACAGGAAUACUGUUGAGUUUAAUAUCUCGUCGUUUUUUUUUGUUAAUAACUAUUAAUAUCAAAUCGUGUUAACACGCGUUGAUUUAUCUGUGUUUAAAAAUAUUGAAUUAAUUAAUUGUUGGAAAGAAGAAUAAAUUUGGAAUAUUUAAUUAUCAAGUAAAUUCUCAAUAAAAAUUCCAUUUUAAGUUUCUUUUAGAGUUGCCAAAGUGUCUACCAACACUCAAUAAAUUGACAUGAAUAAAAAUUUGAUCGAGAUUUUCAAGUGAUUAAAAACUUCAAACUGCAUAUUAUAUCAAUAACUAUCACGCUGUUAUAUGACAAUCAUUCCCAUAUUGACUUGAAACGUAUAAAAUAAGAAAUCAAACUCAAGGAUUCGUCUUUGUUUUACUCUAAAUAAAUCAUAUCAAUAGUAAUCACUCAUGCGAAGUUUCCUCAAACAUGAAAAAUUAUUGAUGUAGUUGCAAAUAUUCAUAUGACAUUGUAGUCAUUUUGUUGUAUUCAUUGUUUACAAAUAUGAAUACGUUUUUUUGUUGCUGUUAAUCGAUGUAAAAACCUUGUCUCGAAAACCGGUUAUCAAGUUUGUAUAUAUGUUGAUUGUUGCUCUUUCUACAGCUAAGCAUUAUACAUAAAUGAUAAUUAUAAUCAUGACUAACUAUUUUUCCUCAUUAAAUCAAUAGUAUUGUCAGAUUUAAAAAAGAAAAAAAAAAAAGUUCUUAACAAAUCGAUUGUUGUAGCAUUUAGAUUAAAUUUUUCAAUUUAUUUAAAUAGAUAAGGUAAUAUGAUAUAAAUAGGAACACUUAAAUGUCGAUUCAUAGCUAAAAACCGGUUAUUUCAUUAUGAAAGCAAUGCAUACCAAUGAUGUGCAUCACCGAUUGUUGGCAGGUAAAUUAACUACAUAUCUUUGUAUAUCGGUUAAUCGUGAAGAACAAAAAACAUAAAGACGAUCUAUGCAUCUAUUAUCAAAGUAGUAUAGAAAAAGAUACAGGUGAGAAAGAGAUUUAUAAAUUAACUAUUUCUUGGAAGGUUAUUAAAUAAAAUACAUUUCUUUUUGUAUAUGCGUACGAGUUGAAACAAACAUUUUCUUUUUAUUAUCGUUUUAGUUGAGUAGGCAAGUAAAGGAGAUGCAUAAUCUCCUGAGGAUUAUUAUUAUUUAUUAACAUAGUUACUUAUUAUCUAUUUCUUUUUAUUUUAAUUAUCAUUAGGUUUGCAUGAUAAAGAUAUUGAAGACAAUAAGAAUAAUUGGACACAAAUAGGAAAAUUAGUUACUAUGAAUCAAUCAUCUUAUUCGAGAAAAGACCAUCACUCCAUUAGUAAUAAUGAUAUACAAAGUUAUAAAUAUCCUCCAUGUUGUUCGCGUCGUGAUAAAUCACCAACAAUCGUUGUACCGCCUCCGAUAUUAUAUGUUAUAGAAAAACACACUAAUGCUCGUAUUGUACGAAUUCGAUUAGUGUUUAUACGUAUUGAUAUUGAAAUAGGUGAAAUCGAUACACUUAAUGAAAAAUACCAAGCAGAUAUUUAUUUUGAAGCACGAUGGACAGAAAGACAAUUAAAUUUAAAUACAUUAAAUCUUACUACACAACAACAAACGCAAUUAUUAUAUGAAAAUAUAAUAGUUAGAGUUGAUGAACUUAAUUCUGUCAUUCAUUGGUCACCACAAUUAUUUAUUGAAAAUGCUAUAGGACAAAUUGGUGAACAAGAUAGAUGGUUUACAAUUAAGAGAAAUGUACUUAAGUCUGUUGUUGAAAUUUCAUCUCCAUUUUUUAUUGAUGCUGAUAUUUGUGAAUAUCGACGUAUUAAAGGUGUUUUUUGGCAAAAAUUAGAAUUAACACAUUUUCCAGUUGAUGUUCAAGACUUAACAAUUUCAAUAACAAGUCAUCAUCAUGUUGAAAAUUGUAUACUUGUUCAAGAUGAACAAUUUCAUUCAAGUAUAAAUCGUGAAGCUUUUUUUGAUCAACAAGAAUGGUCUUUAUAUGAACAUGUUGCUACAAAUACACGUGAAACUAAAGAAGAAUAUUCAUUUGAAUGUGAAAAUAGUGGAUUAAAACAAAAGCAACAUCCUGUACUUGCAAUAACUUGUCGUGCAGCUCGUCGACCUGGUUAUUAUUAUUGGAAUGGAUUUUGUUUAAUUUUUCUAAUAACUAUUUCUUCAUUUUGUAUUUUUUCAAUUUCACCUGAUAAAAUUCUUUCUAUUUUGACUAGUUUACCACAAAGUCGUCUUCAAAUAACUUGUACUCUUCUUCUUACUUCUGUUACAUUUCGUUGGGUUGUUAAUCGAUCAUUACCACAAAUUUCUUAUUUAACUAUUCUUGAUAUCUAUGCAAUUCUAUCAAUUAUAAUACUUGUUUUACUUUGUGUAUGGCAUUCUAUUAUAGCAACAAUGAUAUUUGUCAAUAAUAUACCUGCAAGACCAGUCGAAUCAAAUAAUAUAUAUGUUCUUAUUGAUCGAUAUGUAUUUAUUUGUUUAUUUACUAUUUAUAUUAUUUUACAUAUUACACUUAUUAUAUGGCUUAUAUUUGUUCCAUAUAAACGACGACGAAAAAUGAAUUAUCUUGAUCGUGAAUAUGUUGCUAAUAAAUAUAUUCAAAUAGACAAAAAUCAAUCAAAAUAUGGAUCACAACAAGAUUUAGUAUUUCGUCGUUCAUCAUCAAUUAAUGAUAGUUUAUCAUCAAUGAAAUCUAGAAAAAAAAUAGAAGAAUCAGAGAGUGUUAUUAUAAUAACAAAUAAUUCAACAUUUAUUCCUAUUCAUGAAAAAACAAAUGAUAUAACAACAAAAACUAUGAAUAUAGUUAAACUACGUGAACAAGAUGAUGAUUAUUAUCAUCAUACAAAUGAUAUUAAUGAUGAACUUAAAUCUACACAAAUUAUACAUGCUGAAUAG